AUGGAUAGACAAUUUGUUAACGCAACAUUUUCAACUGAGGCAGAAGAGAUAGAAGUAAAUAAUCAUGGUUCUGAAAAUUCUACAGAAAUAAUGCUUUCUUUAAUAAGUGCUUUAGAAAAUGGUUUGUUCUCUUAUUAAAUGCUUUUAGAAGCUCGGCAAGAUAUUUUAGAAUAAUGGAUAGAAAAAAAAGAAAUAAAUGAGUUUCUAAAACAGGAUUUUCUUAUUAAUUUAGAAUAUAUGCAUAAUCUCUUUGAUGUUCAUGCAUAUGUUAAUACAGCAACUUAUGCCAGAUAUGUUGAUCGUUAUUAGAGCAAUCCUAAUUAUAUAAAUUAUGAUAUUGAGCUGCCUAAAAUAAAACAUUAGAUUCUAGAAGCAGAAGUUGAUUGGUAUAUCGAAAAUAUCACAAAAGACAUAGAAAUGGUUGCAAAAGAACAUUGUCCUUCUUUUUUUCAACCUAUUACAAAUCAAGAUCCACUUGAAGUUCGCCAUACUCGUGCUGUUAUUAACCAUGCAUUACAACAAUUAGAAUCUAUCGCCACCAAAAUUACUCCUAUCAACGCCAAAUACUAUGCAAAAGAGACAGAGCGUUAUACAUGGUGCUUAACUGGAAUGGUCCCUUUGCUCCCAAUCCAAGAACAAGACCCUUUUAAACAAAAUGGCAUUCAUCAACGCUGGCAAAAAGCACGUAACAUAAUUCAACACAUCACCCUUUGA